GUUUGUGUUAAGUCUGCUGUCAUUUGACUGUUAAACUCCAAUUUGCCUUCACGACUGUGUGAAAGUUACUAAAAUGUCAAGCAAAUAUAUUAUAUUUUUAUUUACGACAAUAUUAUUUCUAGGGCAAAUACCCAAAACUAAAGGAGAUUCCUAUUCAGCGGCAUACGAAGAUCCUGAGGAUCGUAACAAUUAUGGCAAAGGACAAAGGAACACUAUUCAGUCAUUAAAAGGCCAUUACAAAGAAGAAGUACAUAGACUCCUGAAAUGUGGUAGCGUCGAUAGUAUGGAAAAACAAAUUCACAUAACCGACAAAACUCCACAAACAGAAGACAACGUGGCAGCAACUAAAAUUGAAAAUUCAAGCACUAAUGAAAUCCUUACAACAACAGAAAACUUAAGAGAAGAUUCCAGAAUAACUGCAAACUCAGUAGAAACUGAAGAAUCAAAGACCGGUAAAAAAGCAAGUAAUGUAACAAUAGAAACCACAGCACCGGAAACUGUACAUCUCUUAUCAGUUACUGAAAAACUAGGAAAAAGUGUUGAAAGUCUAAACGAUAUUACGACGCCAGAACUAAAUACGGAAUAUUUACCACAUACUCUGUUACAUUUACGACGUGCACUUGAUGAAGAAGAGCCUAUUAAUAACAUCAAUAAUGAAAUAAACAGCCAUUCUGCUUUACAAGAUAAUCAUGAUACCAUACUUGACAGCACGGAAAAGAAUUUUGAAUUUGAAUCACUAGUAAUAAAAAAUGAAGGCGACAGAGAAAUAUCAAAUACAAAGUUCUUGGGUCAAAACAAGGAUGCCAAUUUUAAUAAUGAAGAAAAUGAUGGCAGAAGAAUGCCUUCAAACUUGAACGAAGAACAAUUUCCAAUAGACAAUUACAACCCUUUUUCUGGUCCACCGCCGAUGACAUACGCGACACCGCUAUAUCCAAAUGUAUUAAAUACACAGGAAAUGGACAAAUCGAUUGAUCAUCGCCGGGUUUGUUUUGCUUGUAGCAGCACUAAUGAUCCAACAUGCUGGUUACCAGAUAUGAGCACACCAACGAAAUACUGCCGCGGAGACCAAAACGCUUGUGUGAAGAAAACUUACAAUCACAGAGGUUACGCUUUCGUCAUUCGUGACUGCGCCGCCUCCUGUGUGAACAAGGGUUUGACAGACAUCGGCUUAUACUACAAGACGUGCACAAUUUGCCACUCCGAUCUAUGCAACGGCGCUAACUUUACUUCAUUUUCUUUGAAAACAAUCAUCUUACUUCUAAUUUCAAUCUGGUUUAAGUACACAUAGUUUGUAUGAUUCGGGUUUCAUU